AAGAAGGACUGUCGAAACUCGGACCAUCCAAGGAGCACGUGAAUGCAGCACACGCGGAAUAUGAGACAGUUUGUCUGUGAUAGACUGACCGCAGCUGCACAAGAGAUCCUGGGAGUCUUUGAGAAGAAAACGGAAGCCUACGAGGCAGAAAUCGCCCGUCAACGCAGACUGCUGGAGACUAUUUUAACACCUGAGUUAAAGUUACGUCGGACAGAGAUCACACAGCUGUCAGUCCAGAAAGUGGAGGAGGAGGUUCACCUCUGCCAGAAGCAGAACUCGAACAAUGUCACAAGCUCCACAUCGGACCCAUCAAGGCCCCUACAAGUUAAAGAGGAACUUGAGGAAAUGUGUGUCACUCCACAUAAAAAGCGUCUUGCACAGCAACAGGAGGAUAUUGCCUCUAACUUGAAUCCAGCCUGUGAUGAAAGUGUCCUAAGGGAACAGUCUCAGCCUUUGGACCCAAAGCAAAGUGCAGUAAAUGAAGACCCGACAACCAGUGUCUCAAUCAAAGAUGUACCAUCUGGAUCUGACAGAGAGAGUUCUUCAGUAUCUGCAUCAAACAAAGACCAGCAGCCUCAGAACUCUAGUGAAGCUGAGAGUCAAGACCAGGUAACUCAUACUCCAGGAAGUGCAACAGCAGCUCUACAUGUUGAAUCAGCACAAAAUAAGAAAAGCAACAAGGAGAUCAUUACACCAGCUACAAGUACGACUGAGCCAACACCCAGUGAUAAAUCCAACAAUAAGACCACAACUUCAGCUAGAAGGACAGCGAUAACAACAAAUCACAAAGAUAUUGAUGAAAACCCAAACUUGGAUAGAAACAGGAAGUCGGCAUCUACAAAGAAAAGCAACAAGGAGAGCACAAAACCAUCUACAGGUACUGAGCCAACACCAAAUACUAAGCAGAGUGAGGGUAAUAAAACAUCAGCUGCAACUACUGAGACAGAUUCACAGAAGAAAGGUAACAGCACCACAACGUCACAUGGAGAUAAGGAGGCAGCACCACGUACGAAAAAUGCAGAUGGGAGCAAAACAUCAGCUGAAAGCACUGAGCUAACACAGGCUGAGAUACAUAAUGUUGAGGAAGCAACUACAGGUAUAAGUACCGAAGCUGUGCCAAAGAAGAAAUCUGCAGAUGAGACCACAACAUCAAAUAAGAGUUCUGAGGUAAUGCUGAGAAGUAACAGAAAGAGCACAACGUUGACCAAAAGUUCUGAACCAACACAGAAUAAGAAAUGUACUGAAAAGACCGCAUCAGCUGGCACUGAACUGACAUCAAAUGAUGAAAGUAAUCAUGAGAAACAAAUAAUAAAAGGACGUCGUAAGCCACCACCAACUAUGAAAAGCUCAGAUGGGAGACUGCUCUUAAUUGAAACACCAAAGAAGAAGAGUAACAGUGUGAAAACAUCAACUCCAAGCACGACAGCAGCACCUACCAAAAGAAGCAAGAGUGGGAAAACUUCUCCUGCUGGAAGUGAUGAGACAAAAUCAGCCGACAAAACAGAACCAAAGUCAAAUAAGAAAGCAAGUAAUGGGAAAAUAAAAUCACAAAGAAGAACAACACAAAGUAAGAAACGCAAUGAUGGGAGCAAAACAACGACCUCAAACAAGGAGUCGAAACAAACAAAGCAACCUAAAAAUGGAGAAACAGAGUCCUCAAGACUCAAGAGGUCAACGCUGCGUAAGAGACAAAGUGAUAUGAGCACAACAACAAAUGGAAGCACUGACCCACCACCGAAGAAGAAAGGUCCAAACACAUCAGGUGGUAGUAAAGAGGAUGAUAACAACCCUUACAAGUGUGACCGGUGCGGUAAAGUGAUGACUAAUUUCAAAAACUACAAGUUCCAUAUGAAGUCGCACACUGUUGAUAAGACGUUCAAAUGUGAAACUUGUGGAAAAAUGUUCAGAGAGAGUUGGGAUCUGAAUAAACACAUAUUGAUUCACUCUGCAAAGUCUUUCAAAUGCGAUGUAUGCGGGAAAGAUUUCUUUCGGCAAUACAAUCUUGAUCUGCACAAACGUGUCCACACCGGGGAAAAGCCAUUCAAAUGCAACGUCUGCGAUAAAAGCUUCAGGUCCAGUGUGAAUUUGAAGAAGCACAUGAGGAUUCACACAGGCGAGAAGCCGUAUCGCUGCAGCGAGUGCGGGAAAGAGUUUGCAGAUUCUUCGUCUUUCAAAAUCCACCAGCGCGUGCAUACGGGGGAAAAGCCGUUUAAGUGUACCGUUUGCAAGUCCACUUUUGCUACGAGGACGACGCUGAAAAGGCACGGCAGGACUCACACGGGGGAAAAGCCGUACAAGUGCAGCAUAUGUCAGAAGGCGUUCGGUCAUAGAACAGACCUGAAAGAACACGUGAGGAUACACACUGGGGAGAAGCCGUACAAAUGUGGCUCAUGUAGCGAUCAGUUCUCCACCUGGUUAAAACUCCAUAGACACAAGAACCUCCGACACAAGUGAUGCACAAAACCCCUCUGCGUAAAAACAUGUCUGCAUUUGAUACGCAACACUUUUGAUGAACUGCAGCAGAACUAAAGAUAUCAUCCUGUAGCUUCUUCCCCUGUUUCCACUGCAGUCACAGAUAGUUUUAUGAAACUUUUUCCUACAUAUGCAGUACACCCAAAGACUCUUAAGCCUCUUACGCACUGCAAACCUGCAACCGAGUUCUUUGGACUUCCACAUUGCACCUCGAAACACCGUACUAUCUUUGUCUUAGUUUGUGAUUACACAUCUUCACUGUGGCGUGAAGGGAGGACAAGAGGAGCGGCUUGUUAACACACAAUGGGAGUGCACUUACACACAGCACUGCUCCGCCCUGCUUGCUUCACAUCCGCAACUUCUUCCCCCCAUUCUACCACUGUUACCAGGGAUUAUCAGAGGCAGACAGACUUCGCUCCAGCUUUACGCCUCCUUGCCUUACACAUUUUGUAAGAGGCAUGAAGGGCAGAAAUACACUGCCUUGAUAUGUCCGAAUGUAAGCACCCUCAGUUUUAGAUAGUUGGGGGUUCCUGCUGUUGAUUGUCAAUAGAAACUUAAUCCCUUGGUUUUACUGUAAGAACUGCUGAACUAGGUUUAGAAGCCUGCUGGUUUUGGACUUACUAAGUGUUAAAAACACAAGGACAGUGUGAGAUAUGGCUUUAGGUCCUCAUGAGAAACACAACACAGAAGUUUCAAAUACAUGACACUUCUGAAGUUAGUGGUGGAUUCACUGUUCUUAGUAAGACCUAGUUUACCUGUAAAGUGGGCUUGCAUGUAUGUGACUUUGCUGGAUUAAGUCACAACGUUUCCAAGCAGGUGGUCUUUUUCUCCAUGUAUUUUGUUUUACAAUGAUACCUUUCAGCUUCAGUCAAAUGCUCAAGUUGUUGAUGAAUGUAUUUUUCUUUGGAAGGGAUCAAAACUCAGAAUUAUGUGGCUCAUUUUUGAAAGACAAAAAUGUUUAAUCUCUUGUUGUGUAUUAUCUAUUUCACAAUCAUGCUUUGAUCAAAUUUUAUGCUGCAAUUUAUUGAUCUUAAAAAGACUGUUUUUUUAAUGGGAUAUUUUAGAAAAUGUGCAAAAAUUUUGAAUCAAGUAGUGUUAAGAAUUUGUAAGAAUCAUCUCAGUGUUGAAAAGGACUCUGAUGGAGGGAAUCACUUUGAAAAUCCAUGUUUUUUUAGCCUUACAGAGUUUACUGAUAGUUGACAUAACUAUAAUGUACAUAUAUAUUUUUCAGCGUAUUAUGACAAUUGAUUGUUCGAGCCAAAUGACAGAAAAGUGCCUCUUUGUUGUCUAAAUGUCUUAAAGCUGUUUGUCUCUGCAUUCUGUGAAAACUAUUCUAAAGCACACAAAUCAUGUAUAUUUUACUUCUACAAUGUGUAAUACAUUUUUAUUAGAUUAUUGUCUGUUAAUGAUGUGGUUAUUAUGUUAAUGCUUGUGGCUCACAUUGAGGGCAGUUGGUUGAGGGACGUUUAUUGUGGGUAUGUUACAUUACAGUAUUUGCUUCAAUAACGUUAAACGGUUAGAUCCAAAUGCCCUCUCUUAAAUUUGGUAAAACAUUUCACUGAUUUAUACAUAAAUGAGCAAUAGAGAGUCACGUCAGAAAAGUGACGUCAUCUCUGUUUCAAAUGAACUAACAAACAAACGAAACACUUAAUUUUGGUACGGCCAAGAAAUAUAAUCCUUUGAUAGAUUGUUAGAAAAUAAUUUCAUGGCUUUAACUGUAAACAUAACUUUUAGCCUUUUCAAUGAAACAAAUACUUUUCACACUU